AUGGCCGAACCCACCAACACGCCUGUGCCUGGAUCUACGCCUCGAGCUACCUCACCGGCCCCUCCAGUCCCUCUGUUCUCCCACCCAGGCUCCCCUCUCUCCUCAGCCAAGCUCGCCAUGUUGUCGUUAAAGCCCCGUGUUUUGCACAUUGGUGACCCAAUCAAAUACAACCCGGAUACCUAUGAUCGCUUCAGCGCACAGUGCGACGUCAUCCGACCGUCGACGGAGGAGCGUCAGCGGCCCGAGUUCAUCAAAGCGCUCAAGGAGGGGAGAUGGGGCGAAUUCCAGGCCAUCUUCCGCCCGUUCUGGGGCACUGGCGGCGAGAUGGGCAACUGGGAUGCCGAGUUGGUAGACUUGCUACCGGAGAGUGUCAAGGUGUUUGCGAGUGCGGGCGCUGGCUUUGACUGGGCGGACACGAAGCUACUAGGCGAACGAGGCAUUAUUUACUGCAACUCUGGACUGGCAGCAUCCGACGCGGUGGCCGACUUCUCCAUCGCCAUGAUCAUCUCCACCUUCCGCCAGAUCCCAUGGUGCAUCUCCUCGGCCACGUCCAACGACGAGGCUGACUUCCAGACCUGCCACCGUGACGUCACAGCUCAGGCUCACAACCUACGUGGUCAGGUUCUGGCCUUUAUCGGUUUCGGCAACAUUGGCCAGCAAAUUGCCUCUAGAUGCUAUCACGGCUUCGGCAUGAACAUCCAGUACUACGACGUUUUCCCCAAGCCAGCCUCCAUCACUGAGCCUCUCAAAGCCAAGGCCCAUGACAGUCUCGAGAGCCUCCUCAGCGUUGCCGACUGUGUCAUUCUGUGCACGCCCGCGGGUGACGGCGCACUCAUCAACGAGGAUUCCCUGAAGCUUUUCCGCAAGGGCUCACGCUUCGUUAACAUUGCGCGCGGCAGCCUCGUCGACGAAGACGCCCUAUCCAAAGCACUCGAAGACGGCCAGAUCUCAACGGCUGCCCUCGACGUUCACGCCAACGAACCCGCCGUACACGCUGGCCUGCUGGGUUUCGCUCGCAAAGGUCGCGUGAUGCUGACUUGCCACAACGCCGGCGGCACUGUUGAGACGCACCAGGGCUUUGAGGAGCUGAGCAUGCGGAACAUCAUGGCUGUGUUGAGCGGCGGUGAUGCCAUCUCACCGGUCAACAUGCACUACCUCAAGCGGUAG